GGCAAACAUCACUGCAGCAUCUUCAUGUGAACGCAGUCAAAGUGACACUCGCUUCUUUUAUCAUCUCAGCUCACAGAAAAAAGUGGAACCAUUAUCAGAAUGGAUCUGGAGAUUGAGGACAGCACGGAUAUGACGAAGAACCUCAAGAAGAAGGGCCUCGUCACAAAAGGGGACCUUCACAGAAGAGCGCCCUCCUCCAGGUCCGUCUCUGUGUUCCUUGGAUUACUGUGUGUCCUCCUGCUGGCUGGAAAUGUCGGACAGUUUCUCUUCUAUCACUUUAUCUUCAACCCCAAGUCUAUGGAACAGAUUCAGGCUGGAGCUGCAGAGAGAUCCCAGUUAAAGGCCAACUACAGCUUCUUAAAACAAGAAAUGGAUCAGCUACAGACAAACUACAGCUCCUUAGAACAAGAGAGGGAUCAGCUACAGACAAACUACAGGAUUGUAAAACAAGAGAGGGAUCAGCUACAGACAAACUACAGGAUUGUAAAACAAGAGAGGGAUCAGCUACAGACAAACUACAGCUCCUUAGAACAAGAGAAGGAUCAGCUACAGACAAACUACAGCUCCUUAAAACAAGGGAUGGAUCAGCUGAGGACUGACUACAACAGUCUGACAGCAGUAAGAGAUCAGUUACAGCAGAGGGUCAACAAGAUGGACCGGAGUUGUCCUCCAGGCUGGAGCAAGUUUGGUGAAAGCUGUUUCCACGUUUCAAACACAACAAGAAGCUGGAAUUCAAGCAGAAGCUUCUGCAACUCCAAUGGAGGGGAUCUGGCAAUCAUAAACACCAAAGAUAAAAUGGUGUUUGUCAGAGGGUUGGUGGAUUCAGGUAAUCAUGUCUGGAUUGGCCUGAAUGACCGUGUUAGUGAAGGGACCUGGAUGUGGGUGGAUGGGACCAGAGCCACAACCACGCAAGUUUUUACUAUUCUGGGGGCCUGGGCAGCCUGACAACUGGAAUAAUGUGGAAGACUGUGCAGAAAUACGGCACGGAGAAGGCGUGGUAGACUGGAAUGAUGAUGAUUGUAGUCUUCAAAAUAUCUGCAUCUGUGAAAAAUCCCCAUAACAUUCAGUUAACCCCCUCUACAUUUACAGAUGUCCUUCCAGACCAUCAGGUUCUCUUUUUUUCUACUGAACAACACAAUCCUGAUUGAUGGAUUUGAAUGCAUAUCAGUGUACAUAUAUACACACUACCGCUCAGAAGUUUGGAAUCACUUGGAAGUGUUCCAUGGAAAAACUCAUGAAAUUAGUCUGAAUAGGAGAUACAGCAAAUGAACUGGAUAUGCUGACACUGUCAGAGUUAGAAAUAAGGAUUUUUAAUGAAAAAUGUUCUUUAAACUUUGUCUUCAUAGAAAAAAAAACACCUUUUUUUAGUAGCCGUGCAGACCUCAGACAUUCUAGCUGUCAAUUUUCAAGUUAAUCUGAUGAGAUUUCCCCCCAUGCUUCCUGGAGAAUCUCCCACAAGAUGGAUUAGCUUGAUGGAGUCUUCCUUUGUACUGUAAGGUAAAGCUGCUCCCACAACAGCUCAAUAGGGUUCAGAUCUGAAGACUGUGCUGGCCACUCCAUUACAGUCAGAAUUCUGUCUGACUGCUGAUUCUUUAAAUAUGUCGUAGACACAGAGGUGUGUUUUUGGUCAUUAUCUUGCUGUAGGAUGAAAUUGGCCCUCGUGAUAGCUUUCCUUCCCCAAGGUCCCUUCCACUCUUUACAAACCACCUCCAAAGCCCCCCAGACCAUCAAGCUACCUCCAUCUUGCUUGGUUGGUGGUUUUAGCUCUGUUCUUGCAUCUUUUCAUUUGUUAUGUGUCUCACAAAUGUUCUUCUGUUUGAUCCAAAGACCUCAAACUUAAACUCAUCCGUGCACAACACCUUCCAGUGUCCAGUCUUUUUGCUCCUUUAUUAGUAGAAUGAUUUUUAGCUGUGCAACAGGAUUAACUUGGAUUGGAGCAGCCAAACUAAGAGAUUGAUGCAGAGGACUGACAGUUGCUGAUAACUGUUUGUGAACUGCAUGAAAAUGUUUUUAUUUGGAAAACAAAGAAAUUUGCCAGUGAUCCCAAAUGUUUGAG